AUCCAACGCCACCCAAACAUCCCCUCGUGGGGUAGUCGAGAGGAGCAUCUGGCAUGGUGCACAUCCGCAAGGGCGGGUGCGGCACCCCGCUCCUCCUGCUCGGCCUCGUCGUCGUCUGCCAGCACGUCGUGCUGCCUGCGGAGGCCGCGUGGCACGACCAGGCCAGCCCAGAACUAGUGAAACAAUGGGCAGAACGGCUGGGCAAAACGCUCUCCGAUGUUAGCCGCAAGGUGACCAGAGUGGCCGACAUCAAGAAGAUGUACAAACAAAUUGGGGCCUCCAUCAAAAAGCGGGACGGCGAGACGCUGGUUUCGGAAAUCAAGCAAAACAUCGAGGAAAUGGUCCAGGAGAAGAUGGAUGCUGUCAAGUGCAUAAUGAAGUGGGCAGAGGAAGAAUCGUACGUUCCCACCGUGCGGUGGGAGGACUUGAUCCUUGAAGAAGAGGAGGAUGGCGACAUGUUCAGAUACCGAAGUUCGAAAUUCUCUCCGCUGGGCGACGAGGAAGAGUUUCCGCAGCCAACACCUGAGCCACCUCUCAACUACACCACGGGCAUUGCGCACUACAGGAAAAAAGUGCCCCUUGUGUACUAUCAGCCACUUGAGUUAGAGCCAGACCCGCACUUUUUCAACAUACCCGUCAACACCAGUUUCAGCACCGUUCACGUUCCCACAAACGUGUUUGACAGAGCUCCCGAGGUGAUUGAGGCGAUUCAGUGGUCGAAAAAGUUGGACCCGGUAUUCGAGGCAAACUUUCGUGCUGACCCAUCGCUGACGUGGCAGUAUUUCGGAAGUGCCAAGGGAUUUAUGCGCACGUACCCAGGAAUGAAAUGGAAAAUGAACGAUGAAGUGGACUUGUACGAUUGUCGGAUGCAGCCGUGGUACAUCUCGGCAGUGAGCUGCAGCAAGGAGGUGGUCAUCCUGCUGGACACGUCUGGCUCGAUGACGGGCAUGCGGUUCAGCAUCGCUCGCCUCGUCGCCCACUCCCUUUUGGACACGUUCACCAGCAACGACUUUGUCACCGUGCUCGCUUUCUCGGACACGGUCAAAACGCCCAUCCCUUGCUUCCAGGACAUGCUGAUUCAGGCCACUAAAGAAAAUGUGCAGGCGCUGAAGGAGGCCAUAGACAACGUUCCCAUCGAAGGCUACGGAAACUUCACGAUUGCGUUUUCUGCAGCGUUUCAACUUCUCGAAUCUUACAGGGAUGGCAGAGGCCGCGAAGGCUGCGAGAGCUGCAACCAGGCCAUUAUGCUGAUCACCGACGGCGUGCCGAGCAACUUGACUGAAGUUUUCGAGACCUACAACCGAUUCAAUGAAACUGGCGAGAUGCAGAUUCCAGUCCGCGUGUUCACCUAUUUGCUGGGCAAAGAGGUGACCAAUGUCAGGGAAAUCCAGUGGAUGGCCUGCCUCAACCGGGGCUGGUACACGCACAUGCAGUCAUUGGAAGAGGUACGGGAAGAGGCUUUGCGCUAUUUGAACGUGAUUGCUCGGCCCAUGGUUCUUCAGGGCGACCAGCAUCCUGUGGUUUGGAGCCACGCGUAUGCAGACUUUCAGGACAGAAAAGUGUCUCAGUGGCUAAAAGAAGUAAUGGGCCAACACAUGGACAGAGAAAAUGAGUUAGCCUAUACGCAGGCUGAGGAGGACCGACGCUUUGUCAUAGGAGCGGACCACGAGAGCAUAAAAGCAAGAAAAGUUCAGCAGUUUCAGCUGAUGACGUCUGUCUCCAUUCCGGUUUUUGAUAGGUUUGGAAACGUCAGAGAUAAUACCAGCGUUUCUGCGGAGUUGCUUGGUGUUGCCGGGCUCGACGUGCCGCUGAAGAUGUUCCUGGAAAAAACAAAGCCCUACCAGAUCGGCGUGAACGGUUACGCAUUCAUGGUCACCAACAAUGGCUACAUUCUAAUGCACCCGGAGCUCAAGCCUGUGGUUCAAGGCUUCCCCCGAGAUAAUUUUAACAGUGUCGAUCUGACAGAAAUUGAAAUGGUCGACGAUGACACCGUCGAGGCGAGACAGCCAAAUGAAGACACUUUGAAGCUGCGAAACAGCAUGGUAGCACACGAAAAAGGCAGCAUAUUGGAUAUCAAGAUAAAAUUCGCAUUGGACGAUCAGCGCCGAAUCAACGUGGAAACCCGAGACUUUUUUUACAUACCCGUGAACGGAACUCCAUUUACACUGGGACUCAGUUUACCACCUAACUAUGGCACUUUCAGCAUUGAUGUUGGCGAAAAGUUCCGGAAGCUAGAAAAAGCCGGCAUUACAUCCGCAAAUUACUUCCACGGCACUAAUUGGCGAGUUCACCCGGAUUGGGUUUACUGCAGAUAUCUCCACGAUAAUAUUAAAAAUUUCACAACCCCUGAGGAGAGACUGAUGCAUUUCUUCAAGAAAAAGGACAACGAGGAAGAAAAGUGGAAAUGGUUUUCCGACCCCCUUUUGCCAUUAGACGUGGAAUCUGGUGAAGAAGACCACUCGUGCGGGAGACGCCCGGUACCAGAGGACUACUAUUAUUGCGAUGAGGACUUAGUCCUGGGACUUUUGAUGGAGGCGAAAGCGAUCAAUAAUUGGUUUGGAACAGAUGAAUGGGUCCUGCGAGAUAUCAUGAAUGAACGCGAGCCCGUGGAACAUUUCAAUAUUACGAUGCGAUUUGUGUCGACGCACGCCGGGCUGACGCGGUGGCAGUAUGUGAACGCGAUGAGUGGAACAGAGAGUAGAUUUGGUGACUUCAACAACCGGGCCAUUGACGAGGAUUGGUAUAAAGCCACCAUUCUUCUGCAUGAAGAGAGUCCAGACUCUAUUUUGUUCAACGUUCCGUUUGAUGCUGGCGCGGAUCCCGAUCAAACUGUUACUGCGUUUACCGCAGUCUACCAUCAAGACGGCGGGCAUGAAGUGCCAGCAGCCGUGGCCGGAUAUAAAUUUCCCAUUCAUAGAUUGCAACAGCAACUGUACAAAAUCACUGAAACCUACGCUUCCCCUUCAUGCACGGAGAAGGCCGGCAGCACCGAUCUCUGCGGCUGUGCCUCCGAGGAGAUUUCCUGCUACCUGCUAGACGUCAAUGGCUACGUUGUGGUGUCCGACGAAUUCAACGACACAGGCCGGUUCUUCGGAGACGUCGCACCCGACGCCAUGGUGGCGCUGAAGAAAAUCGGCGCUUACAGACAGAUGGUCCUCUUUGACUACCAGGCCACCUGCAUCAACCAAACCAUCGUUUCGUCCGGAGCCGCGGACCUCUUUUUGACGCCUGUGAGAUGGGUGCAAGGACUGCUGAGCUACAUGGCUGGUCAGUUCUUGCAAGUUGCUGUGAACAACUACAUGUGGAGCCCUGUCGACGCGGCAAACUCAUUUUACGACGAUUACGGCGAGGAAGUUUCGUCCAAGGAAGCUAAAGAUGACGACGAAGACGAGGCAAGGCCCGUGUACACGUACACAAAGGUGGAGAGUGACCCUUGCGACAAGAUCCGCCUCUUGGCCUUGGUCAACAUGACAAGCAAAGACGAACCGCUCGUUUACGAAGACCCUGAGCCGGAAAUCCUCAGCUUCACAACCGCGGGGCCGGUCACCGAGAAAAACGUGGAAUUUGUGACUGACGACAGUGACGACGAAGCCAUGCAAGGGGAUCAACCUGAAAAGGAAGUGCAGGAAAUCGAAGGUGGCGUCGACGGAGAAGCCAAGUACGAAACAGAAAAUGUAGAAAACGAAGACAACGAAGAGGAAGACGAGGAGGAUCUUGCGACUGAAGAACCCACAGAAGAACCGUUCAUCUUCCGCAGCAGGUCACUUGUGGCAAAGCGAGUGCCCAACACGAAUCUGAUUUUAGUUGUGGUGGACAACCUGAGUCCAGAGAUGGACCCUGGACCUGAGCGGUGGGACGCCGAUCCGGAGGUUGUCAGCUACCAAAACGAGAGCUUCCCGUGCUACAAGUUGCCAAUCAACGAUUUGCCCCGCCGCAGGCUGGAGGGGUGCCUUUCCUCGCACAGACUGGAGGCCGAAAUCGACAAGUGCGGACGCGCAACUCCGUCCGGAGCCUCGCUGGGAUUGGGCCUUUUAGUGCUCUCUCUGGCCAUCUCCUUGCUCAGAGUCGAAUCCCUGCUCUUUUAAACGAACUCUCACACCUCCAAAGGACUGUUUUUUUAUAAUCUUAACAUCGAAAAUGCAACUUUAAAUAUUUCACGAUUUUGCAGCAAAGCACGAGCAAAGCGAAAUCACAAAAAUCGUUUCCAUUGUUAGACUAUUUUGUUCAUGAAAGUGAUGUGAGCAUUAAAUGAGUGAGUUGUGCAAAUUGAACCAGUUGAUCUUCCUGCUAUAUUCUUUAAAUACAUAUAUGUGGUUUUGGCUAAUAAAGAUUAUUACAAUUCUACAGAA